GGUGCAGAUGUAGGUUUUCUGAUUUAAUUUAAUAAUAAAUUUAGUCGCUGCUGAUUUCAGUUCCAUCAAUUUUUUUAUUAAAUAAUGCGGAAAAGGCAAAUCGACACUCUUAAAAUAUUUAAUUUGAAUGUCCAAGAAGUCAAGGAAAACGAAGAGUAUCUUGUAAAUUUCGACUCCGGUGGACGGGAGAUAGCGAUCAAUAUAAUUCUUGGAGCCAACUUUCCCAACGAAAAGCCCAAGUUGAUAGUGAGCCCAAUACUCAAUCAUCCGUGGGUGAACUCCAGCACGGGGGAAAUUGAAAAUGCCCCCGGAAUUUUGAAUUACACCAUCCAUUCCGAUCUAGGCCGAGUGGUGCAAGCCAUCAGCCGUGAAUUCGAAAAGCAUCCUCCUUUGUUGCUCAAUGAAACUUCCAGCACGCCACAACAAAGCCACAAUGGCAACAGCCAAGAGCCCAAAGCACCGGAUCGUCGUAUUAUUGCUUCACCCGUUACUGUUGAACAAGAUGUAUUCGGACUACAAGCACUCAGUCUUGAAGAUUUGAGCCGAUUGAAUUGCGAUGAAGAUUAUCUGGAGAUUUUUAUCGAAAAGUUGGGCUUUGUCCAGAACCAAAGCAACGAAAUGGAUCAGCUAAUGAGCCAAAUUGAAGCAAUUGCAACGGAUAAUCUUGCCAAGAAGAAGCUGAUAGAGGAAGAGAAAUCAAAACUGGAGGAUAUGUACCUUGAAUUCAAGGAGCUUGGAGAUAGGUACGAUGCUUCCAACCAAAAAUAUCAGAAAAAAUCGGAGGACUUUUCACCGCAACACAUAAAAGAGCUCUUGCAAAUUGCCGUCUCGGCAGCUGAUACCCGCAGCGAUGAGGAAGCUCACAAAUUUCUCGCGGGAGACAGCGAUGUAGGUUCUUUUUUGAAUAAUUUUAUCGAAUCCAGGAAAAGCUACACGAUGCGGAAGGCCAAAGAGGACAGACUAAUUCAACAGCUGACCGCAUUGGAACGAGCCACAUUUUGAUAAAUAGGAAGUCAGUUUGUUUGGAUGUAAAUAUUUCGAUGUGAUAUGAAUUCGUAUGAUGCAAUUACUUAUC